GAGAAGCGGCGGCGAGGUGCGAGAGUGUGUGCGGUUGUUGCCGCUGUCCCCGCGCAGCGCGGCCGGAGCACGGCACGGGGCGGCCAAGCGCACCGCCACGGCCCGGCGGGCGGGCGCCGCCGGGGCGAUGAGGACCGGCUUGCGGCUGCUGCUGCUGGUGCUGCUCGUCUGGGGCUCGGCGGCGGCACUCAAUGGGGAUCUUACAGUUAGACCCACAUGCAAGCCUGGCUUUUCAGAAGAAGACUACACAGCGUUCGUUUCCCAGAAUAUUGUGGAAGGCCAGAAGCUACUCAAAGUAAAAUUUAAUAACUGUGCCGGUAAUAAGGGAGUUCGGUAUGAAACCAACAGCCUGGACUUCAAAGUGAGAGCAGAUGGGACCAUGUAUGCUGUCCACGAGGUGCAAAUGGCCUCAAAGCAGUUGAUCCUGAUGGUGACCGCCUGGGAUCCGCAGACCCUUGGCAGGUGGGAGGCCAUCGUCAGGUUUCUGGUGGGAGAGAAGCUGCAGCACAAUGGACACAAGCCAAAGGGAAGGAAGAGUGCACCCAUGGACCUGGCACAGCAGCAAAGUGACACCCUGCUCCCCUGGCGCCAACACCAGAGCGUGAAAGGCCUCCGGAGACAGAAGCGAGACUGGGUCAUCCCCCCCAUCAACGUGCCAGAAAAUUCAAGGGGCCCUUUUCCUCAGCAACUGGUCCGGAUUCGUUCCGAUAAGGACAAAGAGAUCCAUAUCAGGUACAGCAUCACCGGAGUGGGAGCCGACCAGCCGCCAAUGGAAGUCUUCAGCAUUGACCCUGUGUCUGGGAGGAUGUAUGUGACCCGCCCGAUGGACAGAGAGGAAAGAGCCUCCUACCAUCUCCGGGCUCAUGCAGUGGAUAUGAAUGGAAACAAGGUGGAGAAUCCUAUUGACCUUUACAUCUAUGUGAUUGAUAUGAAUGACAACAGACCGGAGUUUAUAAACCAAGUCUAUAAUGGAUCUGUUGAUGAAGGCUCUAAACCAGGUACCUACGUGAUGACAGUGACUGCGAAUGACGCUGAUGACAGCACCACGGCGAACGGGAUGGUGAGAUACCGAAUCGUGACUCAGACCCCCCAGAGCCCAUCGCAGAACAUGUUCACCAUUAACAGUGAGACAGGAGAUAUCGUCACCGUGGCUGCUGGCCUCGACAGGGAGAAAGUUCAGCAGUACAUAGUCAUCGUUCAAGCCACAGAUAUGGAAGGAAAUCUUAACUACGGUCUCUCAAACACAGCAACUGCAAUCAUCACAGUGACAGAUGUGAAUGACAACCCCCCUGAAUUCACGACCAGCACUUAUUCGGGGGAAGUUCCUGAGAACAGAGUGGAGGUUGUGGUUGCAAAUUUGACAGUGAUGGACAGGGACCAGCCUCACUCUCCCAACUGGAAUGCCAUCUACCGCAUCAUCAGCGGGGACCCCUCUGGCCACUUCACCAUCCGGACAGACCCUGUCACCAAUGAGGGCAUGGUAACUGUGGUCAAGGCAGUCGACUAUGAGAUGAACAGAGCAUUCAUGCUGACAGUGAUGGUAUCCAACCAAGCACCCCUGGCCAGCGGAAUCCAGAUGUCCUUCCAGUCGACAGCAGGAGUCACCAUUUCAGUUACGGAUGUCAACGAAGCGCCGUACUUCCCAACGAACCACAAGCUGAUCAGGCUGGAGGAAGGAGUGCCCACAGGGACUGUCCUCACGACCUUUUCAGCUGUAGAUCCUGAUCGCUUCAUGCAGCAGGCAGUAAGAUACUCUAAGCUGUCAGAUCCUGCAAACUGGCUGAACAUUAAUGCCACAAAUGGUCAGAUCACUACUGCUGCUGUCCUUGAUCGAGAGUCAGACUACAUUAAGAAUAAUGUCUACGAGGCCACAUUCUUGGCGGCUGACAAUGGUAUACCCCCGGCCAGCGGCACUGGCACGCUGCAGAUCUACCUAAUCGACAUCAACGAUAAUGCUCCUGAGCUCCUGCCAAAGGAAGCACAGAUCUGUGAAAAGCCAAACCUGAAUGUCAUCAAUAUCACAGCCGCAGAUGCUGACAUCGAUCCAAACGUUGGGCCCUUUGUCUUCGAGCUGCCAAGUGUGCCAUCUGCGGUGAGGAAGAACUGGACCAUAACACGACUGAAUGGUGAUUACGCCCAGCUUAGUUUACGGAUCAUGUACCUGGAAGCUGGUGUGUACGAUGUGCCAAUCAUCGUGACGGACUCAGGAAACCCCCCCCUGUACAACACAUCCAUCAUCAAAGUGAAGGUGUGCCCGUGUGACGAGAAUGGUGACUGCACCACCAUCGGGGCGGUGGCUGCUGCAGGACUGGGCACGGGAGCCAUCAUCGCCAUCCUGAUCUGCAUCAUUAUCUUACUAACCAUGGUGCUGCUGUUUGUGGUGUGGAUGAAGCGCCGGGAGAAGGAGCGGCACACCAAGCAGCUCCUCAUUGACCCCGAGGAUGACGUGAGGGACAACAUCCUGAAGUACGAUGAGGAGGGCGGUGGAGAAGAAGAUCAGGAUUACGACUUAAGCCAGCUCCAGCAGCCAGAGACCAUGGAUCACGUGCUGAACAAGGCACCUGGAGUCCGAAGGGUGGAUGAGAGACCGAUCGGUGCUGAGCCACAGUAUCCUAUAAGACCAGUAAUCCCCCAUCCUGGGGAUAUUGGUGACUUUAUAAAUGAGGGCCUGCGUGCGGCAGACAACGACCCCACAGCCCCCCCGUACGACUCACUGCUGGUCUUCGACUACGAGGGCAGCGGCUCCACCGCCGGCUCCGUCAGUUCCCUCAACUCCUCCAGUUCCGGGGACCAGGACUACGACUACCUGAACGACUGGGGGCCGCGCUUCAAGAAGCUGGCGGACAUGUAUGGAGGAGGCGAGGAGGAUUGAACUGACCUCACUUAUUUAAAGAAAAAAAAAAAUACAGAUAGAAGAAAGAGAAGAAAAGAAAAAAAAAAAAACAAUUAAAAACAAACCCACAGACAA